AAGAUCUAGGGCACCUAAAAUAAACUAACACGUGCCGCCAGCCUGAGAUAUAAAACUUGGAGCUUUUACUACAUUACUAGAUCAGCCACCGAGAAACCUAGCGCUAGAGCGGCAACAGGGACUCGGCGGCACAUUCGUUGUUCAUUCUCGCACGUAGUACUAACAACAAAGAUGGUGAGAGUUAGUGUGCUCAAUGAUGCUCUCAAGAGUAUGUAUAAUGCUGAGAAACGAGGGAAGCGUCAGGUCAUGAUUAGACCUUCAUCAAAAGUGAUCAUCAAGUUUCUUAUCGUGAUGCAGAAGCAUGGAUACAUUGGAGAAUUUGAGUAUGUUGAUGAUCACAGGUCUGGAAAGAUUGUUGUUGAACUUAAUGGAAGGCUGAACAAAUGUGGUGUCAUCAGUCCUCGAUUUGAUGUGGGUGUGAAGGAGAUUGAGGGAUGGACAGCUAGAUUGUUGCCUUCUAGACAGUUUGGGUACAUUGUCUUGACCACCUCAGCUGGAAUUAUGGACCAUGAAGAGGCUAGGAGGAAGAAUGUUGGUGGUAAGGUUUUGGGCUUCUUUUACUGAUCUCAUUGAUGAGUGAUUGGGAUUCAUUUUACUACAAUGGGAUCCCAUGUAAGACUUAAUUCUCUUAUGAGGAAGUUUUUGAUGUCUUGCUGAUGAACAAUUUUUUUCUUACAAUUUGGAGAAUUGUGUUUAUUUAAGCUUUCUUAAUUUCAAAUGUCAAUUGUUUCCCCCUUAGUACUGUCAAGUACAAUGUUCUUUUUAUCCAAGUGUUUUCCAAUCA